CGGGUGAACUCCACCCUCCACUUGUUCCUGUUAUGUUACUUUCGUUUUUCCAGAGGCUUCCCUUUACUUCGUCUUGAGCGGUUGUCAUAACUUAGUUGUGGCAACACUUCCAGCAAGCAUGGCCAAUGGAACCGUAGUUGUCAUCCCCUCUAAUGGAGCGAACAUAAUCCAAACGGCCCCUGGAUUGCCCAGUGUUGCUCUUCAGGCAUCUGGAGCAACUCAGCAAUUUGGGAUUUCCACCAGUGCUCCUCAACAAGUCGUCCAAAAGGGUCCUUUGGAGAGAUUCCUCAAGGCUGAGCCCAAAGUGCUUGGGGCUGUCCAAAUAUUGAUUGGGGUGAUCCACAUUUGCUUUGGGGCUGUCUCGCUUUGUCUCUUUUCUUCUUACUAUUUUACCUUGUCUGGAAUUGGAGGUUACCCCUUUUGGGGAGGGAUAUUUUUUAUUUCUUCUGGAUCACUUUGUGUAGCAGCUGAGAAACAUCCAAAUCGUCAUUUGGUAAAAUCCAGUGUAGGAAUGAACAUCACAAGUGCUAUCAUGGCAUUAACUGGUAUCAUGCUCUAUAUAUCUGAGUUGAUCGGCAAUACUAAUCCUGUACAUAACAUUACAGUUAUAAUACUAUCUUUCCAAUGUCUUCCUACUCUACAGAGUGUCGGUUAUGGCCUAUCCAGUGUGCUGCUCAUGUUCAGCAUGCUGGAAUUUUGCAUCGCUGUUUCACUGGCUCACUUCGGCUGCCAGGCAGCUUGCUGUCUUGAUGCCCAGCCAACCAUGGUUUUUGUGCCUUACCAAGUCGGAGGCGGAGAAGUUGCAGCUGAACCAAAUCCUCCUCCUCCACCAACUUACGAUGACGUGGUUAACAAAUCUCAGUAAAACAAAAGCAUCAGGAAGGAAUGUGAGAAUUGUUGGCAACAAAAGUUUCAGGAGAAGCAAUGCAUUUCAUAUUACUUUAUUUUGUCCUCCAGCUUACUUGUUUAUUUUCUAAUUACAGGCUUUAAACACCAAAUUAAAAGGUGACAAAUUUAAAAGUUCUUUGAUUUUUACUUAAUAGAUAUAACACUUCCCUAGAAACAAGAAUUCAUCCACAUAUUUAUGAGGAAGUACACUCCCUACAGUGGAUGAUGGAAGCUGUUUAUUACUCUCUUGUUUAUAGUCUGGAUGAUGUUUGUUUUUUAUGACAAAUAUGGAAUUAAAUAGGAGAUCUGAUGCUACAGAAAAGAAAAACAGCUACUAAAAUUAAAACAUGUAAUUGAUAUAAUACAGAUAGUUCUUGACUUAUGACUGCAAUUUGGACCAGAAUAUCCAUUGCAAAGUGAGGCAGUUAAGGGAAUUGGGCCUGAUU